AUGGUGUACACCCUUUAUGAGGGCUUUGUUCUCCAGACAAAGCGGGCUUUAAUCACACUUUCGAAUAUUCUCCACAAAGCCGAGGAGCAGCCCAACGCUUCCAGUCUUCCGUCCUGUCGACUUCACGAUGACAUGAAAUCACUUAGUUAUCAAGUAUUCGCGGCAACCGCGCAAACAUCGCUAGUUCUGGCUAAGCUAACAGCCGAAUCAUUGCCAACCGAAGACACGAGUAAGGAUGUUGUCUACGCAUAUGCGGAAAUGUACGCGCGUAUCGACAAGGCGCUCCAGGCCCUCGACGUGGCAGACAAAGACUUCAUCCUCGAACAUUGCGAGGAUGUCAGGCCUACGCCUCUGGGAGCGAAUACACUUCCACUGUCUGGGACUACAUACGCGUGCAUUAUGCAGGCUAAUAUCUUCUUUCAUGUUACUACUGCCUAUGGCAUCUUGCGCAAGGAAGGCGUGCCCCUAGGCAAGGCGGAUUAUAUUUUACCUUUUGUAACUUCCUAA